CACGACCACAUAUUGAGAUUAGCUGCUGUGAUAAUGCCCCCAUACCCAGGUAUGCUUGAUGCUGCUAAGGUGUAUGGAAACAUGAAACCAGUCCGUCUAUAAGAAAGUUGUACAACCAGAUACCUCAGGUACGUCCAGCUAUCGCAUUGAACUUGAGAUCUUCAUGCCCUGCUGAUCAAAACGAAACCGACCUCACCAACUAUACCUGUUCUAUCAUCAGUUCAACCGUCACACAACUAGAACCUUGCACGAAAGAAAACAUGUAACCUAAUCGGGUGACCAAAACUCUGGGGUUAGGCAUCUAUCUUAAAACACGGCUCGGAAGGACGGCAGUUUAAGCAGAGAGUUUUAAAGGUCGUCAUAUAAAGUCGACGCGUACGGAAUUGCUUGUCCCUCCCUCACUUUGAAAUGUUGGCAAGGAAAGUGCCCGUGUAUUCUACAAAAUGUCCCUUCAACCUGAAAUCUCCAUCAGGUUCUGGCCGCCAGAGACGCUGGAGCUUUGAUCAACAAAACCAAGUGCGCGAAAAUGCGGUCUAUUUGGAGUGUUGCAAUCUUGGUGCCCUCGGCUCUUGCCGGAGUGGUGGCUCCAAGGGAUUGGAGAACCAAAGUGAACGUGUGAGUGUCAUUAUCAGUUAGAGCUCCGGUUGCCAUCUGUGGUUAUGGCUGACAUCAUACCAGACAACGCAACGGCUUCUACCCCUUAGAUGUCGUCGACAAGCUGUUGGAUGAGACCAUGGCCAAGGUUGAUGCGUACAUGAGCCAGAAGAUCGCCGCAGGCAAGAACAACGGCUGCACACUGGAGAACGCGGGAGUACGGAGAGAGUGGGGCGAUAUGACCAUCGAACAACGAUCUGACUUCAUCAACGCCACGCUCUGCCUGAUGAAGGCGCCAUCCAAAGCGCCCAAGAGCCAGUUCCCAGGAGCUCGGACUCGGUACGACGAUUUCAUGGCCUAUCACCUGACGAAUGCCGGUUCUCUGCACGACACGAUUGGCUUGUUCCCUGCCCACAAGUAUUUCUUGCUUGCGUAUGAGACGGCUCUUCGUAACGAGUGUGGCUAUAAGGGAUAUCACCCGUACAUGAACUACGACCGCUACACCAAAGAUCCAAAGAAUUCAGCCCUCUUCAACGGAAACGCGACAAGUAUGGGUGGCAACGGCUUGCCAGACCCCAAGUACACCGGCCUUCGCACCGGUACCGGAACGAUCAAACCGGGCGGCGGAGGUGGAUGCGUUGUUGACGGCCCCUUCACAGAGUACACAGCCAACAUCGGUCCCGGCGCCCCCGUCAUGAACAACGUGCCCAGAAACCCAAUCUCCAACGGCACCGGGUACAACCCUCGCUGCAUGCGCCGCGACAUCAGCGUCGACGCGGCCCUCGGCGCCACGGCAGACCGCGCGUACAACCUCCUCACCAAGUCCAAGGACAUCAACACCUUCUACAACACCUUGCUCACACCACCCCGGAACGUGAGCGAUCCGUACAACUUUGGGAUCCACACAGCUGGUCAUUACAUAUCGGGGGGAGACCCCGGUGGCGAUCCGAUGGUUUCGCCUGGGGAUCCAAUCUUUUACUUUCAUCACGCGUCGCUGGAUAGGUUGUGGUGGAUUUGGCAGAUGAUGGAUCCGGAGAAGAGGGUUAAUGCGCAGGUGACGCUUGGUGGGAGGGAUGCGGCGACGAGGAAGCUUGAUUUGAAGUGGCUUGCACCUGAUGUGAUUCCUGUUAUUGAGGCGCAUGAUGGGCUUGGGGGGUUUGGGGGGUUGUUUUGUCAUGUAUAUGUAUAAGUUCUGGGAAGACGAGGGCGAGUGUGUUUGUUGUUGGUUUUACAUCCGC